UCAUAAUAUAUCAUGGACAGGAAAGCACAUGUGAUGAUCAUACCAUACCCUUCACAAGGGCAUGUUGGUCCUCUCAUGAAGUUAGCAUAUAAUCUAGCUGAUGAAGGAUUCAAGGUUACAUUUGUUAAUACAGAGUCUAUCCAUACCAAAAUCAUGUCUGCAAUUCCUCAGGAAUUUGAGGAACAUAGCCUAAUAAGUUUAGUUUCAGUUCCUGAAGGAUUGGAGUUUAACAGGCAUGGAAAAGAUAGAUUUGAAGAAGUAGCAGAGAGGUUUGAUCAUCUGAAAAAUUUGAUCGAAAAAAUUAAUCGGUUAGAAAAUGAUGAACCAAUAACUCAUGUAAUUGCUGAUAUAUCAGUUGGGUGGGCACUGCAAGUAUCCAAGAAAAUGGGCAUCAAAAGUACUGCAUUUGUACCUUAUGGAUCAGCAAACUUUGCUCUGGUACUGCAGUUUCCGAAGCUUAUUGAGGCUGGAAUCAUGGAUGUUAAUGGAAUUCCACUGAAAGAUGAGUUCAUCUCUCUGUCAAAAGAAAUUCCUGCUUGGAACACAAAUGAGCUCGUCUGGAGCUUCCACGGCGAUCAAGAAUUGCAGAAACUCAUAUUUAGACAUUUCAUUCGUGAAACUGUAGAAUAUGUCAAGAUUUCUGACUUUCUUCUUGUGAAUUCAGCUUGUGAACUUGAGCAAUCAGCCUGUGACUUGAUUCCUAAUGCCAUACCCAUUGGUCCAUUACAUGCAAGUAACCAUUUUGCUGGAAAUUUGUGGCCCGAGGACUCGACCUGCUUAACCUGGCUUGACCGGCAACCUAAUGGCUCAGUCAUCUAUCUAGCAUUUGGCAGCACAGUAGUCUACAACAAGCAACAAUUCAAUGAAUUAGCAUUUGGCCUGGAAAUUACAGGCCAGCCAUUUUUGUGGGUUGUUAGAUCAGAUUUUACUGAAGCAGAAUUUCCUGAUGGUUUCCUGGAAAGAACAGCAAAUUCUGGGAAAAUUGUGAAAUGGGCUCCACAGGAGAAAGUGUUAGCCCACACUUCAAUUUCAUGUUUUGUUUCUCACUGUGGAUGGAAUUCAACUAUGGAAGGUUUAAGCAUGGGGGUGCCCUUUUUAUGUUGGCCUUAUUGUGCAGAUCAAUUCCAUAAUAAGGACACCAUAUGCAAAAAUUGGAAAGUUGGUGUUGGAUUAGUUCCUGAUGAAAAUGGGAUUGUGACGAGAGAUGAAAUUAAAGGAAAGAUAGAGCAAUUGGUUUCUGAUAAGGACAUAAAAGUAAAUUCACUAAAAUUGAAGAAAAUGGCUAGAAAGAGCAUCAGUGAGGGUGGAUCUUCUUUCAAGAAUUUCUUAAGCUUUGUUGAACAAAUAAAGAAAUUUUGAAAUUUCUAUUGUAAAAUAAUUUGAGUUAUUGGAAAAGUAUUAUUGAAACAUGAAAUGGAUGAAUAUAAUU